AUGGAAUACUUUAAUGGAAUACUCGAAUUCUGUACAACCCUUGUUAUACACUUUUUAAAAAUAUUUAGAUUAAUUCUAUUCACAUAUUCGAACCCUUGUGAUUGUUUAAUCCAAGUUUGGCUUGUUUAUUUAAUUCGAAUUCCAGAUUAUCUUUACAUUCUUGGCUCUCCAUUAUUUCAUUUUGUUUUAAUGACUGAACGAGUUCUGGCAACAAUUUUUGUUAAGAUUUAUGACAAGCAAGGGAAAAUGUUUGGGGUUACUGCAACUAUUAUUUUGGUAAAAAAUUAUUCCGAUAUUAAAAGUAUUUGA